CGCUGCUUCCAGCCUGCCCCAGUACACGUACCGGCCCCUGUCCAGCCCGCGAUCCAUACGGGUCGUCAGCCUGGAAAUACCGGGCAGCGACUGCUUAAAGACACCAAUCAGCUGCCGCAUAGAGGAGAUGGACCUCCAUGCCGACCUCUCCUUCACAGCCCAAUCCUACGCCUGGAACUCACCACGGAACGGAGCGGAUUAUUUGCGACGGCGCGACCAUCACAGUGACCAAGAACUGUGUGGCCGCCCUGAGGAAUGUGCGUGAUGACCGCGCGUGCAGACACCAGCGGCUGUGGGUCGAUGCCAUCUGCAUCAACCGAGGCGAGGACGAAGCCGUCACGGUGGAGAGAAGCCAACAGAUUGGUAUCAUGGGGGAGAUAUAUACCAAGGCGUCUCAAGUCCAUGUAUGGCUCGGUAAGCAUGAUCGGUCCAGUCAGGUUGUCUGCGAGUUUCUGGACAAGGUGUCGGGUGCGUAUAAGCGCCGAGUCAGGAGGACGCCCGGGGAUAUGGAGCAAGUACUGCGAGUUGCAGAGAGCUUAGGGUUGGAUAUCGCCCGGCGCUGGCCGCAGCUGAGCCAAAGCAUAGUUAAUUCCUCUUACCGGUCGUGGUUCCACCGCGCCUGGUCGGUGCAGGAGGUCACGCUGCCGCUGCCGGGCGGGUAACGGUCGUCUGUGGCUCGACGAAGCUACCGUUUGAGUACCUCCGUUUUUGGUGGGGAAUCUUGAGAAAGCUGAGGAUAAUUUAUUAUAGUACUUUUACAUAA